AUGAGAAGAGGAAAUAUCUUUCCUGCCUUCUGGUUCCUGUGGCUGCUUCUCUUUGGACUUCUGGGACCCAGCUCUGAGAAUACCACAGCCUUCACAAAAGGCUCCGACACCACCACAGCCUCCAUCACAGGCUCUGAGACCACCAUAGCCUCCACCAUGGCCUCUACUACGGCCUUAACUACAGGCUCUAAGAUCACCACAGACUCUACCACAGGCUCUGAGACAACCUCAGCCUCCACCAUGGCUUCUACUGUAGCCUUCACCACAGGCUCUGAGACCAACACGGCCUCCACCACAGACUCAGGGACUACUAUAGCCUCCACUAGGACCUUCACUGCAGGCUAUGACACAACCACAGCCUCCACUGCAGGCUCUGAAACUAUCGUGGCCUCCACAGUCUCUGGGACCACAACAACCUUUACUAUAGCCUCCACUACAGUCCCUGAGACUACCAUGGCCUCCAGCACAACCUCCACUGCAGGCUCCGAGAAAACGAUGGCCUCCUCCAUAAUUUCUGAGACCACCAUGGCCUCCACCACAGGCUCUGAGACUGCCACAGUCUCUACCACAGGCUCUGAGACCACCACCACCUCCACUGCAAGCUCUGAGGCCACUAAAGUCUCUACCACAGGCUCUGAAACCACCACAGCAUCUACUGCAGGUUCUGAGACCACCACUACCUCCACCUCCACGGCAGGCUCUGAGGCCACCACAACCUCAACUGCAGACUCCAAGGUGAUCACGGCAUCCAGCAUGAGCUCUGAGACCACUGUGGCCCCCACUGCAGGCUCUAACACCACCACAGCCUCUACCACAGGCUCUGAGACCACUACAAUCCUGAUUAAAGCCUCUGAGACCACCACAGCCUCUACAGCAGGUUCUGAGACCACCACCCCCUCCCCCACAGGCUCUCAGACCACCAUAGUCUCUAUUUCAGGUUCUGAGAUCACCACCACCUCCACGGCAGGAUCCGAGACCACCACAGUCUCUAGUGCAGGCUCUGGGACCACCACAGCUUCUACGGCAGGCUCUGAGACCACCAUCUCCACUACAGGCUCUGAGACCACUACAGUCUCUAUCACAGGCACUGAGACCACCGUGGUCUCCGCCAUGGGCUCAGAGACCACCACAAACUCUACUACAAGCUCUGAGACCACCGUCACCUCUACUGCAGGCUCUGAGACCACCACAGUCUCCACCAUGGGCUCUGAGACCACCACAGCCUCUACUGCAGAUUCUGAGACCACUGCAGCCUCUACCACAGGCUCUGAGAUGACCACAGUCUUCACUGUAGGCUCGGAAACCAUCACACCCUCUACUGCAGGCUCAGAGACCACCACAGUCUCUACUGCAGGCUCUGAGACCACUACAGUCUCCACCACAGGCUCUGAGACCACAACAGCCUCUACAGCACAUUCUGAGACCACUGCAGCCUCCACCAUGGGCUCUGAGACCACCAAAGUCUCAACUGCAGGCUCUGAGACCACAGUCUCCACUGCAGGCUCUGAGACCACCGCAGCCUCUACUGAAGAUUCUGAAACCAACACAGCAUAUACUGAAGAUUCUGAGACUACCACAGCCUCUACUACAGGGUUUGACACAACCACAGCCUCUACUACAGGCUCUGAGCCUACCAUGGCAUCCACCAUGGGCUCUGAGACCACUAUGGCCUCUACCAUAGGCCCUGAGACCACCAAGGUCUCCACUGCAAGCUCUGAGGUGACCACAGUCUUUGCUGCAGGCUCUGAGACAAUCAGAGCCUCUACCAUAGGCUCUGAGACCACCACAGUCUCUACCACAGGCUCUGAGACCACCACAGCCUCCACCAUGGGCUCUGAGAUCAGCACAGAUUCUACCACAGGCUCUGAGACCACUGCAGCCUCUAAUAAAGGCUCUGAGACCACCACAGCUUCCACUGCAGGCUCUGAGGCCACCACAGUCUCUACUGAAGGCUCUGAGACCACUACAGUCUCCACCACAGGCUCUGAGACCACUACAGUUUCUACCACAGACUCAGAGACCACCACCACCUGUACUGAAGGCUCUGAGAUGACUGCCAUCUCCACCACAGUCUUUGAGACCACUACAGCCUCUACUGAAGGCUCUGAGACCACAAUAACCUCUACUUCAGACUCUGAGACCACCACAGCUUCUACUGAAGGUUCUGAGACCACUACAGUCACUACCGCAGGCUCUGAGACCAAAACAGCCUAUACUACAGGCUCUGAGACCACCACAGCCUCUACUACAGGCUUGGAGACCACCACAGUCUUUACCAUAGGCUCUGACACCACCACAGCCUCUACUGAAGGCUCUGAGACCACUGCAGUCUCUGCCACAGGCUCUGAGACCACUACAGUUUCCACCACAGGCUUGGAGACCACCACCACUUCCACUGAAGGCUCUGAGAUGACUACAGUCUCCACCACAGGUGCUGAGACCACCACAGACUCUACUGAAGGCUCUGGGACCACUGCAGCCUCCACUGCAGGCUCUGAGACCACCACAGUCUCUACUGCAGAUUCUGAGAACACCACAGCAUCUACUGCAGAUUCUGAGACCACCUCAGCCUCUACUACAGGCUCUGAGACCACCACAGCCUCUACUGAAGGCUCUGAGACCACUACAGUCUCCACCACAGACUCUGAGACAGCCAUGGUCUCUAUCACAGGCUCUGAGACUACCAUCACCUCUACUGAAGGCUCUGAGACCACUACAGUAUCUGCCACAGGCUCUGAGACCACCACAGUCUCUACUGAAGGCUCUGGGACCGCUACAGUCUCCAUCACAGGCUCUGAGACCACUAAAGUUUCUACCACAGGUUCAGAGACCACCACCACUUCUACUGAAGGCUCUGAGAUUACUACAGUCUCCAUCACAGGCUCUCAGACCACCACAGCCUCUACUGAAGUCUCCGAGAUCACCUCAGCCUCUACUACAAGCUCUGAGACCACCAUGGCAUCCACCAUGGGCUCUGAGACCACUGUGGCCUCUACCAUAGGCUCUGAGACCACCAAGGUCUCCACUGCAAGCUCUAAAAUGAUCACAGUCUUCACUGAAAACUCUGAGACCACCAUAGCCUCUACCACAGCCUCUGAGGCCACCACAGUCUCCACUGUAGGCUCUGAGACCAUCCCAGCCUCUACAGCAGGCUCUGAGACCACCACCACCACCUCUACUGAAGGCUCUGAGACCACCACAGCCUCUACUGAAAGCUCUGAGACCACCACAGCCUCUACUGAAAGCUCUGAGACCACCACAGCCUCUACUGAAAGCUCUGAGACCACCACAGCCUCUACUGAAAGCUCUGAGACCACUACAGUCACUACCACAGGCUCUGAGACCACCACAGCCUCUACUGAAGGCUCUGAGACUACCACAACCUCUACUGAAGGCUCUGAGACCACCACAGCCUCUACUGAAGGCUCUGAGACCACCACAGCCUCUACUGAAGGCUCUGAGACCACCACAGCCUCUACUGAAGGCUCUGAGCUCACUACAGUUUCUACUACAGGCUCUGAGACCACCACAGUUUCUGCUGAAGGCUCUGAGACCACUACAGUCACUACUAUGGGCUCUGAGACCACCACGGCCUCUACUGCAGGCUCUGAGACCACCACAGUCUCUACCACGGGCUCUGAGACCACCACAGCCUCUACCGCAGAUUUGGAGACCACCACAGUCUCCACCUCAGGCUCUGGGAUCACCACAGCCUCUACCGCAGGCUCUGAGACCACAACAGUCUAUAUCACAGGCUCUAAGACUACCACCGCCUCUACUGAAGGCUCUGAGGCCACUACAGUCUCUACCACAGUCUCUGAGACCACCACAGUCUCUACCAUAGACUCUGAGGCCACCACAUCCUCUGCUGCAGGCUCUGAGGCCACCACCACCUCUACUGAAGGCUCUGAGACCACCACAGCCUCCACUGCAGGCUCUGAGACCACCACAACCUCCACUUCAGGCUCUGAGACCAACACAGCCUGUACCACAGGUUCUGAGACCUCCACACCCUCCAGUGCAGGCUCUGAGUCCAACACUGCCUUCAUCAUAGGCUCUGAGACCUCCAUAGCUUCCACUGCAAGCUUGGAGCCCACUGCAACUUCCCUCACAGGCUCUGAGACCACCACAGUCUCUAUCACAGCUUCUGGGGCCACUGCAGCCUCCACCACUGUCUCUUCCACCACUUUUGUACCCACCAAGGCCACUGACGUUUCUAUCCAGCCCAUCACCAACACACCUAUGUCAGGCACCAGAACCACUGGAACCAGACCCACUGCCUCCAGCUCUGUCACCAUGGCCCCUGGAAUGGACUUCACGGGCUCUGCUGCCAGCCAUACUGUGCCAGGAAUAGUCUUAAACACCUCUGGCCUGGGUACAUCCACUAUGGGAGCAUCAUCUACCACCUCAGCCCAUGGCGUCCGGACCACCACAGGAUCCACCCGUGAGCCAACCAGCAGCACCUUCCAGGAAACAGGCCCGGUGUCCAUGGGCACAAACACAGUUAGCAUGAGCCACACACCCACAAACGUGAUCAAACCAAGUGGAUAUUUACAGCCCUGGGCUAUCAUCCUCAUUUCCCUGGCUGCAGUUGUGGCUGCUGUUGGAUUGUCAGUAGGACUGAGUUUUUGUCUGAGAGACCUUUUCUUCCCCCUGAGAUAUUGUGGUAUUUAUUACCCCCAUGGCCACAGCCACAGCCUUGGUCUGGACCUGGACUUGGGCCUGGGCUCUGGGACAUUCCACAGCCUGGGAAAUGCACUGGUUCAUGGAGGAGAACUUGAAAUGGGACAUGGAGGAACACAUGGCUUUGGAUAUAGAGUGGGCCGUGGACUGAGCCACAUCCAUGGAGAUGGCUAUGGAGUGAAUCAUGGCGGGCAUUAUGGACAUGGAGGAGGCCACUGA